AUGUCGCAGACGGGAGACGUCGACUGGAACACGACGCCAGCUGGCACAGCGCCCGAAGGUCAGAUCAGCGAGCUCGCCGAUUCGCCGUCGCUCGCCUACCGCAUCACCGCUUCGAACGUCGUGUGCGCCGUUUUUGUCAUUUUGACCGUGGGAUUGCGCUUCUAUACCCGCAUGCAUAUUGUGAGAGGACUGGGUUACGAUGACUACGCGUUGCUUCUAGCUGUGGUGUUUUGGGCGCUUCUUGUUGCAACCCUCGAGGUCCUGCUUAAAUACGGCCUUGGCCGACAUGUUUGGAAUAUCAGCCUUGACGAUUUCUCCCCGCAUUACCUCCUUGGCCGCGUCCUGGCGGCAGUAUUUUACACAGCGGCAAUGUUUUUUGUCAAGACGUCUUUGCUGUUGUUGUACCGGCGUUUAUUCGACGUGUACCGCUUCUACAAGCGCUGGUGGUUUGUAAUGACCUACACGAUCGCGCAUACCCUUACGGCCAUCGUCUUGAGUUUUUUUGCCUGCGACCCGCCUGCUGCGCAGUGGGACCUGCACAUACAACAUCGGACGUGUAUUAGCACUAAGACCUUAAUAGCAAUCCCCAUCUUCCACUGCGUUAAUGACCUCCUCAUCCUAAGCCUACCCAUACCGCUAAUCUGGUCGCUCAACCUCGGCCCAAAACGUAAAGCACAAGUGGCCACCGUCUUCUUUUUAGGUUCAGCCUCCUGCAUCGUCAGCAUCUGCCGCCUCAUCCCCAUCUCCAAGCUCCUCCACCAACCCCGCUACGGCGACGUGACCUGGCACUGGACCCCCGUCGCCAUCUGGACGCAGGUCGAGCUCACCUUCUGCAUCAUCUGCGCCUGCGUCCCCAUCCUCAAACCUUUCCUCUCGCGCCACUUCCCGGCCAUUUUCCCCAAUAACCCCGACACGCGCAACCGCGACACCGCCUUCGAGUCGCCGGGACUGUCGACGACGAUCCGUUUCCCCGCGAUGCAGCAGUUGCAGCAGCAGCAGCAGUUGCAGUUGCAGCUCCAGCAGCAGUUACAGGAACAGCAGCAGCGGAGGCAGAGGGAGAGGGCGUGGAGUACGGCGGAGCAUAGCCAGGUUUCGCCGAGGAUUGGGGGGCCGGCGAGUGGUGCGGCGAGUAGUGCGGCGGUGGUGGGGCCGGGCGGGACGGUGGUGCGGAAGGCGUCGACGUGGACGAUUGGGCGCAUGUCGACGAGGAGGAAGGUGUGGAGUUUGUGGGGGAGGUGGGGGGCGUCGGUGGCGGAUGUGGAGAUGGGGAUGCAUGGGGGUGCGGGCGGCAUGUUUGGGGAUGAUAGCGACAGGGGGAAUAGUGCUGAGAGGGCGUGGAAGCGUGGGGACGGGCGAUCAUGCAAGAGGAGGAGGGGGAGGGGGAGGAGGAGUUGGUGA